AUCACUUUUUCAGUUUUUCCUUAAAAAAAGUCGAGAUUUCUGUGAUACUGUUCUUGCUCACUCACCAUUCCACCAAUACAGCAUAAAUAAUUCUACAUAAUAAUAAUCUAAUUAAUCACUACUAAUCAUACUGUGUGGUUCACAAAUAUUUUAUAUCAUUAUUAUUGAAACUAAAUCAACCAAAUCAAAUGAAAGAAUCUUUAUUAUUGAGUAGCAAAGCAAGUGAAACUUUGAAAGUAUCGCUCAGUCUUCAUCAGUUCACUCACGGCCAAGCUUAUUCUAGCUUUUCUAGCAAUAGGGUUUUAAAUGGAUCAUCAAAAGUGAUAGUGAAGUUGAAGAAGCUCAAGUCAUCGCAUUGUACAGUAUCAUCCUCUCUGUUUCAUUCAAUCAGGUGUCAGGAACUGUCUAGUAUAAUUGUUCAACAAAUGGGUUUGAUUGCGUUUGCAGAUUUUAGAAAGAGAAAAAAGAGGCUUAACACGAGGUCGAUUGGCGAGAGGUUGGUAGUAUCUAAGAUGGGUGGAUAUCAAGGGAAGGCGGUGACUGCAGAUGUGGAUUCCGGAAACAUGAUUUUCGAGCCUAUUCUGGAGGAAGGGGUCUUUAGGUUUGAUUGUUCUGCAGAUGAUAGAAAUGGAGCAUUUCCAAGUAUUUCUUUUGUUGAUCCCAAAGUUAGAGAUACACCAAUUAUGAGUAGUCACCAAGUUCCCUCAUUUAUCCCUACUUUUGAAUGUGUUCUUGGACAACAACUUGUUAAUAUUGAGCUUCCACCCGGCACCUCAUUCUAUGGAACAGGAGAAGUUAGUGGUCAGCUUGAACGGACGGGGAAAAGAGUUUUUACAUGGAACACAGAUGCAUGGGGUUAUGGUCCUGGAACUACCUCCUUGUACCAAUCACAUCCUUGGGUGCUUGCUGUUCUUCCAAAUGGAGAGGCACUAGGGGUUCUUGCUGAUACAACACGACGGUGCGAGAUUGAUUUGAGGAAAGAAUCAACUAUUAAGGUUAUAGCCCCGUCAUCGUAUCCCGUCAUUACCUUUGGUCCAUUUACUUUGCCAACUGAUGUUUUGAUAUCUUUAUCUCAUGCGAUAGGAACUGUAUUCAUGCCUCCAAAGUGGUCACUUGGCUAUCACCAAUGCCGUUGGAGCUAUGAUUCUCAUUCACGAGUUCGUGAGAUUGCCAAAACAUUUCGGGAGAAGGGUAUACCUUGUGAUGUCAUAUGGAUGGACAUUGACUACAUGGAUGGUUUUCGUUGCUUCACUUUUGACCAGGAGCGUUUUCCAGAUCCUAACUCUUUGGUGAAAGAUCUUCAUCUUAAUGGUUUCAAAGCAAUCUGGAUGCUUGACCCAGGGAUCAAACAUGAAGAGGGUUAUUCUGUUUAUGACACUGGUUCUGAAAGAGACAUCUGGAUUCAAGCAGCAGAUGGAAGGCCUUUUGUUGGGGAUGUAUGGCCCGGGCCUUGUGUUUUUCCCGACUUUACACAAUCAAAAGCUCGUUCUUGGUGGGCUAGUCUAGUAAAAGAUUUCAUUACUAAUGGUGUUGAUGGUAUAUGGAAUGAUAUGAAUGAACCAGCUGUUUUCAAGGCUGUAACGAAGACAAUGCCUGAGGGCAAUGUUCACAGGGGAGAUUCUGAACUUGGAGGCUAUCAGAAUCACACACACUAUCACAAUGUUUAUGGCAUGCUGAUGGCAAGAUCAACAUAUGAAGGGAUGAAAUUGGCUAAUGAAGAUAAGCGUCCUUUUGUUCUCACCAGAGCUGGGUUUGUAGGUAGUCAAAGGUAUGCUGCAACAUGGACCGGAGACAAUCUUUCUACUUGGGAGCACCUUCAUAUGAGUAUCUCCAUGGUUCUUCAACUGGGACUAAGUGGUCAGCCACUUACAGGACCGGAUAUUGGUGGGUUUGCUGGAAAUGCAACAGCCAAGCUGUUUGGAAGGUGGAUGGGAGUGGGUGCCAUGUUUCCUUUUUGUCGUGGGCAUUCUGAAAUGGACACCAUUGACCACGAGCCUUGGUCUUUUGGGCCAGAGUGUGAGGAGGUUUGCCGCCUGGCGUUAGAGAGGCGCUACCGUCUUAUACCACACAUUUAUACUCUUUUCUAUAUGGCACAUUCAAGGGGUACUCUGGUGGCAACCCCUACUUUCUUUGCUGAUCCAAAAGAUCCCAGGUUAAGAACACAAGAAACUUCUUUUCUGUUGGGGCCACUUCUAAUAUAUGCAAGCACUAUCCGUGACCAGGGCUUGGAUCAGUUGCAGCAUAUCUUGCCUAAAGGCAUUUGGCUGAGUUUUGAUUUUGAUGAUUCACAUCCGGAUCUACCAGCACUAUAUCUGCAAGGUGGAUCAAUUAUUCCUUCGGGUCCUCCUCAUCAACACGUCGGUGAAGCUAAACUAACAGAUGACUUGUCGCUUCUUGUGGCUUUAGAUGAACAUGGUAAAGCUAAAGGUGUUCUCUUUGAAGAUGAUGGUGAUGGAUAUGAAUUCACUAAAGGUGGAUAUCUUUUGACAACAUAUGCCGCUGAACUUCAGUCUUCAGUUGUUACUGUGAGAGUUUCCAAAACUGAAGGAUCAUGGAUGAGGCCAACACGUCGUCUGCAUGUGCAAUUAUUAGUUGGUGGGGGUGCAAUGCUUGAUGCAUGGGGAGUUGAUGGAGAAGUUCUUCAAAUCACGAUGCCUUCAGAAAAUGAAGUAUCUGAUUUAAUAUCUACAAGCAAGAAAAGUCAUAAGAUUCGUUUAGAAAGUGUUAAGCCAAUUCCAGAUGAGGAAAAGGUUCCUGGACACAAAGGAAUUGAACUUUCAAGGACUCCUAUUGAACUAAAAAGUGGUGAUUGGGUUCUUAACGUGGUUCCUUGGAUUGGGGGUAGAAUCAUUUCCAUGGAGCACCUUCCUUCAGGAACUCAAUGGCUUCAUAGCAGGGUUGACGUAAAUGGAUACGAAGAGUAUAGCGGUAUCGAGUACCGGUCUGCUGGAUGUUCUGAGGACUAUGCUGUCAUUGAGCGAGAUCUUGAGCAGGCAGGAGAGACGGAGUCUCUCAAACUAGAAGGUGAUAUUGGCGGUGGAUUAGUUAUUGAACGGCAGAUAUCUUUUUCAAAGGAUGACCCAAAGGUUUUCCAGAUUGACUCAAGCAUUGUAUCCCGCAAAGUUGGUGCUGGUUCUGGUGGAUUUUCAAGGCUUGUUUGCUUGCGAGUGCACCCAAUGUUUACACUCUUGCACCCCACUGAAUCUUAUGUUUCAUUUGUCUCCAUUAAUGGAUCUAAGCAAGAAGUUUGGCCAGAAUCUGGUGAGCAAUUUCUGGAAGGCGAUCUUCGGCCUAACGGUGAAUGGAUGCUUUUUGAUAAAUGUCUCGGCUUGGGUUUGGUCAACCGCUUUAAUGUUGGUGAGGUUCACAAAUGUCUUAUACAUUGGGGGACAGGGACUGUUAAUUUAGAACUUUGGUCUGAAGAGAGGCCUGUAUCAAAGCAAUCACCUCUCAGAAUUUCUCACAAAUAUGAGGUGAGGGAAAUUUCGUAGUUUCUUGAGAAUGACCAUGUGUAAAACAGCAUACAAUAUGGGCCGAAACCUGUUUGGUGUACUUUCACUAUUGUUAUUUGAUACGCUAAGUAUUUGUUGAUUUAAAUGCAUAAAAUCUUUUGAAAUAAAAGGCCCUUUGCUAUCGUCAACAAAAA